CUUGUUACCAGUCCUCUCAGGGUCUACGUGCAGGAACGACGGAUUGAUGUUGUGGGAGAGUUGGUACUAAAGGGAGAAAUUCCUAAAAAACUAAAUUGGAUUACUGUCAACAGCAAAGGAACAAUCGCUGUAAGUGACAUUAAAAAACACUGUAUUCUAAUAUUUGAUAAGGAUGGAAAUUUUGUGCGAAAAUGUGGCUGCCAUGGAGAAAGGCCUGGGCAGCUGAAAAGACCAGCGGGAAUCACAUUUUUGAAUGAUGACGAGCUUCUGGUGGCUGAUGACGGUAAUCACCGCAUUCAGCAAUUCAAUGUACAGACAGGAAACUUUGUGAAGAGCUUUGGAAAGGAAGGGACUGGAGACGGCGAAUUUCAGGAACCCGAAGGUAUUUGCGUGAGUGAUAAAGGACAUAUUGUCGUAGCGGAUUACGGUAACAACAGAAUCCAGGUCUUGAAUAAAGAUGGUAGAUUCGUGUUCAAAGUUAGAGAGGACGGCCCUGGAGAACUUAACGUACCUUGUGGAUGCAUUUAUCACAAAAACAAGUUCAUUGUAUCUAACCCUAAAAACCAUUGUUUGAAAGUGUUUGACAUUUCAGGGAAGUUCUUGUACAAGAUUGGAGAAGAAGGUAAAGCAGAUGGACAGUUUUCAUCUCCAUGGGGUUUGUGUAUUGAGAAAUAUGGCGACCAUCACAGUCUUUUGGUGUGUGACUUUAACAGUGGACGCAUUCAGCAGUUUACAAUGGAAGGUCGCUUUGUUGGCAAAACUGUUACUGCGCUAACAAAUCCGAAAGCAAUAGCUACAACACCUGAUGGUCGUAUUUUGGUGUGUGACUAUUUGGGCGAAAAAAUUUAUUUUUUGAAAUAGACGCUGAAAAAAUGUUUGAUUAAAAUGGAAUAGUAAUGAAGGAAUCACAAAAUAAUAACUGUCAUCAUUACACUCAGCAAAUAAUGUGUACAAUGAAUAUGAUUUACUCAGGGAUACUACAGGCGCGUCCAUUAACCAUCCAAAUAUUACUAACAUGAACUUCAUCAUGUCUAGACGGACAGAGCUGAAUAAGGUCUGUGCACGCACUAGGCUUUGCCGCAGAAAACGGAUUUUGAGUCGUUUACAUGGUUGAUCUUCCGUUCUGUUGCUUCAAGGCGUUGUUUUUCUCGCCGUCUCUUUUUUCUUUUUUUUUUACAAAACAAACUCCAAAAACCCCCUAAAAAAUUUUCGAAAGUUUAUUUUCUCCUUAAAAACAUGGGAAUAGGAAAAUGCCUUUGACGACAACAAAAUGCCACGGUUUUAAAUGCCAACCCUUAUUAUUUUCCGCUAAUUCGCUAAAUUUUAAACUUCACAUGCUUGAUUCCGUGUUGUCGACAGCAUACCCUCUGACGUAACAUUUCGUUAUUCAGCCCUGUCGUCUCGACGUGUAUGGAUCAGUGAGUCCAUCGAUCCUCUCCACCACGUGCAUUGUUGGAUAUCGUGCUUUCUCGUUCCCACUUUCAUUGUCAAUUUUUUUUUAACCUAAAGGGAAAUUCUAGUUUUAGCUUGUCGCAUGACAGUUUUCGAUUUUUCAGGAUAGGAUUAAAAAUACAAAUUGUUUCCUUCAAGAUAUUCAUAUAACUAUAGCAAUGCUUGCAAUAGUUUAUUUCAUUCAGUAUCGUUGAAUUGUUAACAAUAAUUCUAUGAGCGCGAUGUUGCAAACGAGGCCCGUAUGGCCGAGUUGGCUAUAAUCAUCUGAUAUCCAAGAAGCGCGAGUGGAGUAAUUGUUUUAUUCAAAACGAUCGAAAACAUAGAUAAAGCUUCCCAAAUUUAACGGAAUGUUACAAUGUUCAAUAACAAUUUUGGCUUAACUGGUCUUCAAGCGCGCAUGGUAUAAUGACUCAUAACCCAGAUGGGGAAGCCAAUGAAAACUCUUUAACUGCAUUAUCCAAUGAUCCACUUUUUUACCAUAAGAAAUAAGAAAUAAGGAGGAGUAGUUUGUUUAAUUUUGUUAGACCACUUUAUUUGAUUGUAACUCAGCCAGAUUUUUCUGGUUUUUGACUAAACUUGAGU